AUGACGGCUGUCGAUACCCCGCUAGCCGUUCUCUCCACAGACCAUUCGCACCCCUCAUCACUUCGCCACUCUGUCACGAACGGCGACAUGCCGACACCAGUGCGCGAGAACAGCGACACCCUGUCGACCAUGUCAUCAAUGGACAACCUCGAAGCGCGCUGUGGGGGCUGUCGCAAGGUCAUUGACCAGGACAAUGGCGGCAUCGUCGUCGCGUUUGGCACGUCGCUGUGGCACGUCGACUGCUUUCGCUGCGCAAAGUGCAAGGACAAGGUGUCAGCAGACACAAAUCUCCUCCUGUUAUCCGAUGGGAGCCCAGUAUGUGGGAACUGCUCCUACCAGUGCUUUGUCUGCAAGAAGGCCAUCACAGAAGAGGCCAUCAUGACCGGAGAUGAGUCAUAUCACGCUCACUGCUUCACCUGCCGGACGUGCAAGCGCCGCAUCGAAGAGCUCGUCUUUGCAAAGACAACACAAGGCAUCUACUGCAUGAAUUGUCACAACGAACGCGUAGCAAGAAGUCGCAGACAUGCCGAAGCAAAGCGACAGCGAGCAAAGGAAAAGGAGCGCGAGGAGGCCGCAAAGGGCCUGUCGGGCAGCUCUUCUCUUCCCUUGCUGUCCGCCGUUGCCGCAGCCAGUCCUGGUCCGGAUACACCUACAGCCGCCUCACCGACAGUGACGCCGGGCUCAUCCAUCAGAACCGAGCGCGACAAGGUGACGGCUGGGGCCUCGACGCCCAAUUCAAACGAGCGCACCCCCACCCAAGAACGCAUCCGCGAGGGCAGCGUGGAUCGCAGUCUGGGUGCCACCAGCCCCGUUCCUCGCGCCGUCUCACCAGGAAGCAGAAAGGGAAGCGCUCCUUCGUCCCCGUCAUUGGAUGCCCCUCCGAUGCUGCGCGGCCUGUCCGCCGACAAGGAGCACAUUCUGCGAUCGGCCACUAGCAGCCCCACGCCGCCCAGUCACGCCGCCCCAUUGAGCUCUCCCGGUGCCACCUCACCAUCCAGAACAACUGCCCCACUGCGUUCCCCGAGCACGGGCAUUGGCCUGGGACUGGGGCCCACUCCAGGCCUCAAUAUCCCUACCAGCAAGGCCGACAAGCGGAGGUCCAUUAACCCCGGCAUGAUGUUCAACAUGGAUUCGCAAAACGCCACGUUUGCUGCUGAGCCUCGAGCUCCAUCGCCACUGCGGUCGUCGUUCAGCGAACGCCAGCAUAGCAACGCCGCGUCUGCAGCCGCGUCUGCGGGCCCAUCCACGCCUGCAUUGGAACGAGGAGCAUCGCCAUCGUUACCCUCCCCCAAGGUCACAGUUGCCCCAGCCCUGCGCGCUGCAUCGCCUGCUAUCUCGCCGGACAAGGCGCUCCCCAGCCUUGCGGAUGCACGGGAGGAGACGCGAGGAGACCACAAGGCAACCGACAACAAGAAGGCAGACGCCACACAUCUCAAGGACUCUCGUGCCAAUAAUGAUCAGCACCAGCCCCGGAUCGACGCGCCCAGUCUGCCCACAAUGUCGUUCUCCCUGUCUGAUCCAGACUUUGCAGUUUUACUCAGCGAGACCGAGGCCAACGGCAAGACGCCCGAGAAAGCCUCGCCACCCAAGCACGCUUCAAAGAGUCAGGCAACCCCGCCUCGCGAGGACAGCUCGACUUCGUCUUCACCCAGUAUCCCUACCAUCUCGGAUCCAGAGGAGACACCAGUGGUUAUCAAGCGGCAGUCAAUGACUCGCAGCCCUCAGAUGAACCUGCUCUCCUCCGCCGCCAAUGGCGACGCCAGCACGUCGGCGCUCGGUGCCAGAGGAUUGCUCUCCCCUCACGACCAGCCCAUUGGAACGAGGAGGCGGCGCCUGUCAAUGGAGUCGACCAUGUCGUUCCGUAUGGAGCCGGACUCUGCGAUCUCGACCUUGAAGGAGUUGAUCGACAACGCCAAGCCAGGGGACGACAACCACAUCUCCGUCGACCUUUCCUUGUUAGCGGACGUUGUGCGCGAGCACGAGGCCAUGAGGGACGCAGCUGGCACUCUCAAGCAGAAGUAUACUGGAGCCAAGCGCUCAAGCCAGCAGUACAGCGAAGGUCUCACCAUCGCUGGCGAGGAAUACGACAAGGAAGCCGCGAUGCGCCGCGAUCUUGAGGCAGAAGUCACACGUCUCCGCGCUCAGGUCCACGGCCAAAGUGCCCGCUUGUCUCUCAUUUCGAGUGACGAACGGAGGCAAGAGGCCCUGCGGAGAAGGUCUCAGGAUCUUGCCAGCAGCCUCACUGGUCUGGAGAGAGAUAUUUCCAGACUCCGGGCGCAGCGCGAUAUCACACUGGCUGAAGUGGAAGAGCUCCAAGCCAAAUCGAAUGCUGGCGCCGACGGGACGGUCGAGGAGACGACGACCAAGCUCGGGCGCUCGCUCACCCGUCGCUUGGAUACGAUCAAGGAGCAGUACCGCGAGGAGCUCGGGCCUCUUUCUGCUCAACGAGAGGCUCUGCAGCGCGAGAUCAACGACCUGCGCGAAACCCGCGAGCAGUUCCUUGAGGAGUCGGCGUCGCUGGCGGCCGAGAACGAGGAACUGGCAGAGCUCAACGCCCAGUUGACUCGCCAGGGUGAUGACAGGCCUGACCCGGCCGUUCGUCAACGCACCCCAUCGAGCUUUGGUACGAUCAAGCCUCUUCGCACCCACCCAUCCGGAAGCCCGUCCCUUUCAUCACUGUCGACAUCCGUCACGUUGCAGGAUGUGCCAGAGGAGACUGCAAGGGUCAUCAAGGUUCCCAAACCUGAGCCCAUUGAAGCAGCGCCGGCUCGUCGCUUCAAGUGGUACAAGUCUUCAAAGGGACCCGAUGGCGCGACUGGCGCAACACCAAAGGGCGGUGACAAGGACAAGAAGUUCCGUCCAUCAACCGAGAUGGGUAUUCGCGACCACCAGUUCCAGCAGCACACUGCAAUGCGUCUUGGCCGGUGCGAGCUGUGCCAGGAAAAGAUGUGGGGUCUGCAAGAAGUCAAGUGCAUGGCGUGCGGCACCGUGUGUCACAGCAAGUGUGCCGAGAAGCUGCCACGAUCGUGCCCUGGACCACGAAACGGCAAGACGAUCGAAGACGAGGGGCCACCCCCUCCAUCCAUGUUUGGUCGCGACCUGUCGAUCCAGGCCGAGUCGGACAAGCACUCGAUCCCCGUCAUCGUUACCAAGUGUAUCGGGGCCGUCGAGGCCAACGGCAUGGAGUACGAGGGCAUCUACCGAAAGACGGGUGGCUCGUCGCAGUCCAAGCAGAUCACAAGCCUGUUCGAGCGCGGCAACUACGAGUCGUUUGACCUCACCAACGUAGACCACUUCAACGACAUUAGCUCGAUUACCUCUGUGCUCAAGACAUAUUUCCGCCAGCUGCCCGACCCGCUCUUAACCCACAGUCUCCACGAGAGCUUUGUUGCGGCCGCAAACAUUCGUGACCAGAACAACAAGUCGUCGGCCCUGCGCGCGCUUCUCAAGGAGUUGCCGCAGGCGCACUACGCCACGCUCAAGUUCCUGAUGCUCCACCUUCACCGUGUUGCAGCUCAGAGCCAGGUCAACCUCAUGACCAGCCAGAACCUGGGUGUCGUCUUUGGCCCGACGCUGCUGCGGUCCUCUGACCCCAACCGCGAGUUUGGCGACAUGGCCGGCAAGGCGCUCAGUGUGCAGUGGAUGGUGGACAAUGCCCCCACCGUCUUUGUCGACCGCGAAUAA